GUUAUUUUCUGCAACAAGAUGGCUGUCGUUCCUGAGAGCAGGGUCCUCACUUUCAGCGUUUUUAAAUGGAGCUCUUACUCCUCUACAUAUUUACCUGAGAAUAUCUUGGUGGAUAAACCUAACGAUCAGUCUUCCAGGUGGUCUUCUGAGAGCAACUAUCCUCCACAGUUUUUAAUAUUGAAGUUGGAAAGGCCGGCAAUUGUUCAGAGCAUCACCUUUGGGAAGUAUGAGAAGACUCACGUCUGUAACCUCAAAAAGUUCAAAGUGUUUGGUGGGAUGAGCGAGGAGAACAUGACAGAGCUUUUGUCCAGUGGCCUUAAGAAUGACUACAACAAGGAAACGUUCACCUUAAAGCACAAGAUUGACGAGCAGAUGUUUCCCUGCAGAUUUGUCAAAAUAGUGCCUCUGAUGUCCUGGGGUCCGAGUUUUAACUUCAGCAUUUGGUACAUUGAGCUGCAUGGUAUUGAAGACCCUGAUGUGGUGCAGCCCUGCCUUAACUGGUACAGCAAGUACAGAGAACAGGAAGCCAUCCGCCUUUGCCUCAAACACUUCCGGCAACACAACUACACAGAGGCCUUCGAGUCGCUGCAGAAGAAGACUCGGAUAGCGCUGGAGCACCCGAUGCUCACCCACCUGCACGACCGACUGGUGCUGCAAGGAGACUUCGAUGCCUGUGAGGAGCUCAUAGACAAAGCUGUGAGAGAUGGUUUAUUUAACCAGUAUAUCAGCCAGCAGGAGUACAAGCCCAGGUGGAGUCAGAUCAUCCCCAAAUGCAACAAAGGUACAAGCGCCCAAGAAAUCAACCGAGACGACAUGAACAGUGACGGCGAUGACAACAGGCCAGGGAUGAGGGGAGGACAUCAAAUGGUCAUUGACGUCCAGACUGAGACGGUGUACCUGUUCGGGGGCUGGGACGGCACACAGGACCUGGCAGACUUCUGGGCUUACAGUGUUCAAGAGAACCAGUGGGCCUGCAUCUCCAGGGACACGGAGAAGGAGAGUGGCCCUAGUGCUCGCUCGUGCCACAAGAUGUGCAUCGACUCACAGCGACGUCAGAUCUACACGCUGGGCCGUUACCUGGACUCCAGUGUCAGGAACAGCAAGUCCCUGAAGAGUGACUUCUAUCGCUAUGACAUUGACGCCAACACCUGGACGCUACUCAGCGAGGACACGUCAGCCGACGGAGGGCCGAAGUUGGUGUUUGACCACCAGAUGUGCAUGGACUCAGAGAAACACAUGAUCUACACGUUCGGAGGUCGGAUCCUGACGUGUAACGGCAGCGUGGAAGACAGCCGGACGUCAGAGCCGCAGUUCAGUGGCCUGUAUGCCUACCACUGCCAGGGCGGGACGUGGAGCCUCCUGCGAGAAGACUCGUGUAACGCCGGGCCAGAAGAUGUCCAGUCCCGCAUUGGGCACUGCAUGCUCUUCCACACUAGAAACCGCUGUCUGUAUGUGUUCGGGGGUCAGAGGUCGAAGACGUACCUCAAUGAUUUCUUCAGCUAUGAUGUGGAUGGAGACCACGUAGAGAUCAUAUCUGACGGCACCAAGAAGGACUCAGGGAUGGUUCCAAUGACUGGUUUUACCCAGAGAGCCACCAUCGACCCCGAACUCAACGAGAUCCACGUCCUGUCAGGCCUCAGCAAAGACAAGGACAAACGCGAGGAGAACGUCCGCAACUCCUUCUGGAUCUACGACAUCGCCCGCAAUAACUGGUCAUGCGUGUAUAAGAACGAUCAGGCAGUGAAAGAAAACCCAAGCAAGGCUCUGCAGGAAGAGGAACCGUGUCCACGCUUUGCACACCAGCUGGUCUACGAUGAGAUGCACAAAGUGCAUUACCUAUUUGGUGGAAACCCCGGCAAGUCUUGUUCUCCGAAGAUGCGCCUGGAUGACUUUUGGUCCCUCAAACUGUGUCGGCCCUCCAAGGAGUACCUGCUCCGCCACUGCAGAUACCUCAUCAGGAAAUACAGGUUCGAGGAGAAAGCCCAGUCAGAGCCACUGAGUGCGCUGAAGUACCUGCAGAACGACCUGUCCCUCACUGUGGACCACACAGACCCUGAUGAGACCAAAGAGUUCCAGCUCCUGCCGUCGGCGCUCUUCAAGUCCAGCUCUGACUUCAUCCCUCUGGGUUUCUCAGACGUGGACCAGACGUACGCUCAGCGGACGCAGCUCUUCGACACGCUCGUCAACUUCUUCCCGGACAGCAUGACGCCACCUAAGGGCAACCUGGUGGACCUCAUCACCCUCUAGCCCCGCCCGCCUCGUGACACUUCACCAACUGGACUGACUGAACGCCUGCCUGAUGCGGAGACGAGAGACCAGUUAUUUUUCUAUUCCUGAACCCUGCUGGUGGGAUUACACUUAAUCCAGCUCCACCACACUGACCUGCUGCUGUCACGGGCUGCGUUGCCAUGACGACGAGGGUUGUAAACACACACACACUACACUGUGCUAGUUGGAUAUGAGCGCAAUUCCACGACAGCCUGAGGUGUGUGCGCUUUUCCUUUUGUUUUCGCCGAGCACGCACAGCCCUGCUUGAGUUUUUUUUUUAUCUGCACUUAAUUUUUUUUUUCUUCUCAGAAAGUUGAAGCCAAAAAAAGAGGAUUUGCACAUUUGUUUGCAAUCUUUUUUCAUUGAUUCUUCCUGGUUUUUUUUUUUUUUGGAAACUCUGGAUUUGUACAUUCAAACUUCCACUCGCUGACCACAGGCGUCGAUCCACAUUUGGAGCAAAACAGAUGAGAGUGACGUCUGUUUGGGCCGGCUGUUGCAAAAGUUCAAUUCACAUCCAUUUAUUUAUUUGAAGACGGGGCGGUGUCAGCAGCACACAAGCUCCCGUGUCCUUUUGCUAUUCUUUCCAACAUUUCUCCUGAACUUUAGGAUAUUUCUGGCUAUAUUUCAGCUUUCUCUUCGAUGAUUUGGUUAGCUUGCUUUUCUGUAACACACACCCCUAUUUAUGAUCGUGACAGCCACGCAGAUGCAAAAAAAAAAAAAAAAAGUGAACAAUUUUAAUAGUGUUGUAGGAACAGAAGAGGAAUGAUUCUAUGCGAUAAAGUUUAAUAUAUAUUAAAGUAUACAUUUAUAUUGGUUUUGAUUGUUAUCCCUGUAAAACUGGCUGAUACAAGUUCUUUCCUCAGUAAUUACUGGACUGUAAUUUAAUUCUAAGUGGUUUCAUGGUGUACAGAAUAUGUAAAUAUACUUUAGGAGUUUUUCAGAGUUUCCUGGAUUGGACAGUUCCUGUGAUGGAUCGCGUUCUUUCUCCACGUACAGAAGCUUUCCGGCUCUACGUUUAACACUCGUCAUUACUUGUGGAAAAGAAUCUCAAAUAGUUGCUGUGGGUGUGUGGAUGAAGUGCUGCUGCCAGUUAUUACGUUUGAUCAUUAAUAGAGUGGGAGAAGUCUGUUUGAGCUGAGAGGACGUUCCUUUGGUGUGACGAGGUCGUGGGUGAAAUGUUUUUUCCUCCUUAAAAUCCCAUACGUUCACCUGGUAACUGUUAGCAUUGUCAUUGCUGAUCAUUUUUUAAAUAAUCGAUUGGGUUUUUUUGGUCUUUAACAUGUUAGAAAAAUGGCAAAAAAAAAACCAACAGCAAACAACCAUCACAGUUUAUCAGAGCCCAUGAAACUAAAAAAAAAAGCAAAUUUGUAGCAUUUUUGCCUAAAAACUACUCAAACACCUGAUUGAUUUUCUCAACAGUUGCUAAUUAAUCUGGUGUCAACAGGCUGAAUUCCUCUGGGAUCUAGUCAGAACACCCGCUGCUGUAUUUGUGCCACAUUCACACAGAUAUGGAACGUGAUAGAACCAAAGUUCUCACUGAGUCGAUGUUGUUUUUUUUGAUCACACAAAUGAUGCUGUCUCUGUGAUCUUGAGCUAAGCCUCGCUCUUUAGCUAACUCUUUCCACUGAGUUUGUUAUUGGGUGUGGCCAUGACUUGGUAGUAGAGCGGGUUGUCCACUAAACCUGAGGUUGGUAGUUCGAUCCCGGGCCCCUCCAUGUGUCAGAGUGUCCUUGGGCAAGAUGCUGUUUGUCAGUUUCUGUGAUUUAAGACUUUCACGGCUGCCUGCUAAAUCUUCACACAAACAACUAGAACUGAUCAGUGUCCAUGCUCGUGGGCUUCUUCUCUCUGAGAGACACUACAGAGGAAACUCAGAGACACUAAGGGGGCAUCUGUGGUCAUCAUUCUAAAGCUUAUUUAAUAUUUCUUAUUUCCCAAAGUGAGAAACUGAUGAUUUUUAGUUCAGCUAAAGCCCUCUAGUGAGAUGUCACGUACUCGAUGUGAGUUCACCGAAAAGGAAGAACCACCUGUGGGGUAGCAACUUUAAAUCAAGUUUUAAAUUGAUGAGAUAACAGGAAAAUAGUGAAGCAGCUCAGAAACAGCUGUGGAGGAGUGAAGUGCUGGCAGAGUGUCGGGGUCGUACUCGGACACGCUUCCGAACGGCGGCAGGGGUUCGGCUGCAGGACUGCUUCCCCGCUCACCGCCCAGGUGUGAGCUUUUUAGUCAACACGUUUACCUCUGCUGUCACCAAAUCAUGUUGGGCGACUUGGGAUUCAUGUCCACUGGUGCUUACUGCUCACCGAACGUCCCACCAUGUCAGUUUUCCUGUUCGUUGUCUUCCAUGACUCUCAGACACAAACUGAUUGUCCUUCAUGGGGAACGUGAUCACUAACAUCUCACUGGAGUGUUUCGAGGUCGGGUGCAGCCACAACACUUGAUUGUCUCUUCCAGUGUGUAGAACACCUGUGACGCAUCAGAACACUACAUGACUUGUCACCGUUGGCACAUCUGCUGCGACUGUUAGCCAGACUUUGUAGAUAAUCUGUGUGUGUUGUACAGGAUCAACAUUUUUCUAUCUAUGAGCUGGAGGAACAUUGAAAACAGACGGAGAAGAUCAGCAGGGCAGUUUGAGCAACGACGUGGUCUGUGAGUUGUGUAACUAAAAACCGUGUCAGGUUCAACUAUUUCCUCAAACCCUGUGUUUGAGUCACAGACUUUAAGAUCCUACAUGAACUAGUUAUUGUAUUUACGUCUCUCUUUAGCGUUGUAUAGACAGUUAUUAACAAUUAAUGCACUUAUUCUGAAAUUAAAGGACCAUUCUGGGGUUUUUGCAAGUUUAAACUCUAAAAGUAAACCUUGUGUAACGUUAAGCCGUGUUUCCACCAAGAAGCCCCGGGAAGUUUUAGCUGUAGGACUAAUUCUGGAGACUGUCCAUGACACUUAAGUCAGUACUUUGUUAUCCACAUGUUUACCUUGGUAUAGAUACCUGGGACAAUUGGGCGUGUUCGUCAGCUGAAGCAUCGAAAACAGUCGGCUGUUUUACUACCUCAUUUCUGAGCAACAAUAUGAAAUGAUGACAAACUUAACAAGGUUAAGGCAUAAACGCUGAGAAAAGCCUGGAUUUUGACAUCAAUCCAUCUACCAUAGGAUUACUUCUGUCGCUCCAAACACAAUCGCAUAAACCUGUUUGGAGUUGCAGGUUGUUAAAAUGGCUGCUGUAAAACACGGAGAAAAUGCUGGACUGUUCCACCUGUAACAGUUCCUUCACCUCGAAAAAGAAAGCACCCGUGAGCAGGAAGUUUAGUUAAAAUAGUCUCCCUGGAACUUCUGUUAGUUCCUGCAGUGGAAACACGGCUUUAGCUGAACCGCGGCCAUGACGAGAAAGGAUAUGAUGUUUUCACAUCAUAGUGGAGUCAGAUCAAGUCAUCUGUUUUUCUGAAAUAUAUAUUUGUGUUUGUCUUUGAAAACCCCAGAGGGUCUUUUACCAACUGCUAAAAAAAUAAAUGACAUAUCUCAUUGCUUUUUUUGUAAAACACAAAAAAUAUGAACAUGAAAAUAUAGAAAUAUGAACGGCGCAAAUCGAGGAAAGAUAAACUCCAAAAUGCAAUGUAACCAUAGCUCCUAGAGAGGAAGAUUAUCUGUUACACAGCAGUGUCUCUCCAGUCCUAACUAAUGCUAACAUUAGCCACCCUAAGUUACUGUUCAUGCCAGACCAAGUAAGGCUUCAAUAGCAAAACUACUGAGUGUACUGCACUGAGCAAGGGCUGUCUUCUUGCUCAAGAAUUGAAGUUUUUGUUUGUAUGAGUUAAUAUGUGUUGUUUCUUUGUUCAAAACGUACUCGUUCGAAUGACCACUGACUGUUGAUUUUUCAGUGUGUGCUGCUUUGCAGACAGCUGUGUGCUUAUUUCAGUAUGUUGUGAAAAUCAGCUGGCAGAGACUUGAAGCGGUGCUGUCACUUGUGUGAAAUCAGAACAUGGUUGUGUCUUCAGUGUGAUGGGUUAUCUGGGCUUUUACUUUCUUGCUGAGAGUUAGCUGAAAAGUUUGAUACCACACUUGUAUAGGUACCCUCCCUAUGAUGCUACGUCCCAGCAGGUUGCGAGCGUAGCUUAGCAUAAAGACUGAACUGCUAGCCUGGCUUUUUCCAGAGGUAAUGAAGUCCACCUAGCAGCAUUUGUAAAGCUCACUGUUAACCCAGUUGAGUGUACUGGCUGAGGACUCUCCUGCCACCCUGUUUGGAGGCGCUGGGCUAAGCUAAGCUAAGCUAACCACCUACCAGUAGUGUCAUAUUUAGCAUACAGAUAUAAGAGUGGUCUCAUGUAAAUCUCUGCAUGAAGAGAGUAUGAAUGCUGUUAAGCUACAAAGUAUGUGACUUGUAGCAAACGGGCUGACGUGUCCAGAACCAGAACAAAGCAGCGGCUUUGGUCCUUCAGGUGUCUGACAUGAGCUCCUCUUCUCCUACAAACCCUGCUUGAAGGCACGUGAUGUGCAAUCUGUGUCUGAUAAAUUCAGCCCCACUUCCUCAUGUACUUGAUCCUGUAUUUAAAUGAAUACUGAGCACAUGUAACCUGUGACAGAAUGCUCUGUUGUAACAUAUGUACGCCCUCCCUCCCUCAGAAGGCUGUUCACCGAGUGGGGCUGCUCUGCUCUCACUUCCCAUCAUCGAUGUAAAUACGAUUGUUGCUGCAUUUCCCUGAUUAGCAAACUCCAUCACUCUGCAUUUACAUUUAUUAUUACUAAUGUUUUUGACAGUUUAGCAUGAGCAGGAACCAACACAAGCUGCUUAGACAUUUAGUUCCCUAAAUUCACCAGACGAGGAGAGUGCAGGCUCGACCAGUUUAAGCCAGUACGUGGUCAUUUGGUGUGUUAAUGUUUGUUCUGGUGGAAGAGGACGAUGGCAUGUGUGUGUUCAUGUAUGUUUUGCCUCUGUUGCUCUGGUACAGACCGAAUAGAAUCAAGUAUGUGAUUAUUAAAAAAAAACAAAUCACUAGAUAAAAAGAAAAGCAACAUGAGGGAUUAUUAAUGGCAUUUUGGUGAUAUUUAGGGCUUACCACACUUGCCGUAGCAUUUCUGUUUGUGCCAGAAGAAAGCUGUGUUUAAGAAGACGAAUUGAAAGCACCUUUGUAAAAAAUAAAAAUAAAAAAAGAAUGAAAAAAAAGAAUAAUAAUAAAAAAAAAAGCACACAAUGCCAAAUACUACUUUUCUUUUUGCUAUUUUAGGGUAAAUAUCCUCCACACAUCAACAUUCGCUGUGUGGAAAGUUGUUUCUUAUUUUCCUCUUUGUUUUCUCUUAAGCCCUGGCUGGGACUCAGGAGUUUAAAGGCUGGUACUCUCAGAUCAGUGAGCACUACUCUGUGGAUACAGUGAAUGUGUAGAGAGCCUUGUAGUAUUGCAUUGUAUGUAAUGUAUAUAAUGAAUAAAGAUUGUAUUUUGUUCAAGUUUUCUUAA